CUGUUUUUCAAUGAUCGAUGUAGCGACUUUUUCUGUCUAGAAUUUCUCUUCUCAGAUCAUGCUGGAAAUAGUGGCGUAUUUCUUAUUAAACACAAAAUCACGCUAAAUAUCGAAGUGAGCAUUCUCUUAGUUGGCAUUUAAUAUAACAAAGUUAAAACUCUGUAUGUCUGUGUAGUUUGUAAUGUGAUGAAGUGAAGCGGGUCGGGAUGUCUGAUCAGGCGGUUCUGACGGUUCGCCUCAUUCGGUCUUUCGAGCAUCGUAACUUUAAACCAGUCGUUUUCAAAGGAGUUAAUUUAGAACAAACAGUGGAAGAGUUCAUUUCAUUUGUGAAGCAAGAUGCUUUGACAAGAGCUGGUUUGCCUCCCCCCUUUAAAAAGUUUGACUAUGACACAAUGAAAAUCAUCCAUCAGGCACAUGGAGCAAAGGCAAAUGAGCUUGUGAUGAGUUUAGAAGAUGAUGAAAAAUUGAUUCUCUCUGGUGGCUGCAGGUUACGAGCAUGUGGUGUUGCCAAUGAGACAGAACUAGCCUUGUUCAAAAUGUCCGACUAUGAAACGUUUAAGGCCAAUCCCCAGAUGGCGUGGUGAAAAUGGUCAUGAUGCAGCACAAGAGUUUUUGGGAGUAUUUAUUUUCUGUCUGGAUUGAAACAUCUAUUUUAGGUUAUUUUAUAACUUGUUUUAUAAUGUAAUCUUAUUAUAUGAUAUUAUAAACAUUUCAGCAUAGUUUAUGUAGCUUUGGUAAGACCUGAAGGCCGUUUUUAUGUUGUCAUAGAAUAAAUUAUUUGUUUUUGAACAAA